AUGUCCAGUUCGCUUAUUCGCCAGUCCUCAUAUGUGUUGUCAGGCAGCACGCGCCGUAUGAUGAGCGGUAUGACACCCUCGCGGAGCUCUUUCUGUGCGAUGGUGAGCGGGUCUGUCUCGCCCUCCAAAGCCACCAGCACCGGCGCGUUCAUGCUGAUCUGCAGCGCCCGCGUGCCAAGGAUGCGAGCCCGCUCGUACUUCGUCAGUACCGGCGCGGUCACACGAUCCUUGUCGUCACGCCGUACGGCAGAACCGCCCGCCGCCUGCCCGGACAGGACAACACCCGCGCCCUCGCCCCUCACUCUGCUCGUCGUCACUGUGCAGAGCGCUCUCCUCCUGCUCCUCACCAAAGUUGAGACUCAGCCUGUCGUCGUCCUCAUCGCGGUCGGACAUCUCCCUUUCUUCAAGCCUAGACCACCACAACGGCAACGAGCGUCUGUGAGCAUCACGCACAGCGCCCAAAACAACACAGACCGAGGGAAACAGUCACUAUUGUGCCGUGGCACACAAUGCGGACGAUGCCAGAAGAAUAUUCCGCGCACAAAAACACAUUCAUGUUGGGAGUAG